GAUAAGUGUAUAGAAGAGGGCGCCAAGAGAACGUGCGGCGAUUGGCGGGAAUCCGGCUACACGCAGGACGGACUCUAUGACGUCAUGCCUCGUGCACGAGGAGUGUCCAGCAAAGUCGAGUGCAUAUUUGAAGAUGAUGUGGGCCGGGCUGUGAAUGUUUUUCACCAUGACGUAGAAAACAGGUCACACGUGAAGAAUAUCGAGUGGAACUACACCCGGGACUUUAACUAUCUACAGACCACUGUAGAUGACAUCCGAGCAGUGGUCACAAUGUCUCACAAGUGCCAAAUGUUCAUGCGAUACGAAUGCAAGGCGAGCAUGCUUGGAAAAGACGCCGCCGCUGUGGUGACAUAUAAUGGAACAGAAAUAAGCUUUCACGGACGUCAUGGUCGUUGUGACUGUCUACUGACCGGAAAUUGUCAAAACGUUACCAGAAGAUGUAUGUGUGACAAAAACACAAAUAAAUGGUUGGAAGACCACGGGUAUAUUAACGAUACAGAUAUGUUACCGCUGAGGAGAGUGAAAUUUGGAGACACAGGAAGCAGUUAUGAGGAAGCUUAUCACACCAUAGGACCUCUUCGUUGUUAUGAAGAUGUGGACUUUGAGAAAGCUAGUGCUGCCUUUGUCUGUCGCAGUAAGAAAAUGAUCAGCAACAAGAUGCGAUGUUUACACCAGUACAACCAAUACGGAUUUGUGAUGGGUUGUCGCGAUUUGUCCCACCUGGACGACUGUGAACAGCACGAAUGUCCAGCUGAUUGGUACAAGUGCCCUCAAGCAUUCUGUAUUCCCCACAAAAUGCUGUGUGAUGGGCGGAAAGACUGUCCUUUUGGAGAGGAUGAAUGCUUCUGCGCUAACUUUUCUUGUCACGGCAUGUACAGAUGUCGCCAAUCUUCAAACUGCAUCACCAAUGCGCAGGUCUGCGACGGGAAACGGGACUGUCGCCUUGGAGAUGAUGAACGCGUGUGUAACGUGACCUGUCCGCCAUCUUGUUUCUGUGAAGGUCAUUCAGUGGAGUGCCUACACGCGGGUUAUUCGCAUGUCCCGAAUAUAUCGGAAAAUACCAGGUACCUGGACCUAAGGUACAACAAUUUGUAUCAAGUGAAUUUCAACACUUCUCUGAGAGAGUUGGGACGCCUUAUUCUUGCCCAUUGUAAUAUCUCACGAAUAUUACCAAGUGCGUUUGAGCCUAUGGCAAACCUGUAUUAUCUGGAUCUAGGCCACAAUCAACUGGUUCAAAUUGCACAGAGAACAUUCAUUGGAUUGUCAAACCUAAAAUAUUUAAACUUGUUGGGCAAUUCUGGUCUGAUGAACAUAGAACCCAGGUCGUUUUUUGGACUGUCCAAACUGCCGGUAUUAACCUUAAGUGGAGCACAGUUGUACGUUAUUAAAUCCAACAUGUUCGAAGGGUUGGGGAAUUUGACUGAGUUGUAUUUAAACUCGAGUAAAAUAGUCAGUAUUGAACAUGGUGGAUUUGAUCACCUGGAGCGUCUUCAGACGCUGGCGUUACAAGACAACGCCAUAUCCUCUUACCCCCGGGACGUCUUCUUGCCUUUGGCGUCUCUGAAUGAGCUGCAGUCCGACACGUACGCGUUCUGUUGCUUGGCCACAUGGGUGCCCAAAGAGAAAUGCGCCCCAGCAAGGGAUCAACUCUCUUCCUGCGAGGAUCUCAUGAGGAUCGCUCCGCUCAGGAUCUCGUUAUGGAUGGUCGGUGCCAUUGCUCUGGUGGGAAAUGUCUUCGUCAUCGUCUACAGGCUAAAGCAUCCGGAGAGGAGUAAAGUCAACGGGAUAAUCCUUACAAAUCUGGCCGUGUCGGACUUUCUCAUGGGCGUCUAUCUCCUUUUUAUCGCCGUCGUGGACACUCGCUAUAAAGGCGAUUAUUUCAUGCACGCUGAGAACUGGACUUCGAGUCAGGCGUGCCACUUCGCGGGAUUCUUGGCGACAGUAGCGAUAGAGGUUUCCAUGCUGACCCUCGCCACUCUUACUUUCGAUCGCUUCACCAACAUUCUGUUCCCUUUCGGACACUAUAAACUGAACAGGGCGAGAGCCAGGGGUGUGCUGGUAUUGAUUUGGGGUAUUGCGAUACUGCUUGCAGGAGUUCCUAUCCUGCCGAUGGAUUACUUUCAGGGGAUGUUCUAUUCCCGGACAGGUGUGUGUAUCCCCCUUCAUCUGACUGCCUCCACAUAUCCCGGCUGGGAAUACUCUAUCGCCAUCUUUAUGGGCCUCAACACAGCAAUUUUCACAUUUAUCUCCAUUGGCUACUGGUACAUUUACUUAGCUAUCAAACAGACCUCAAUACAAAGGGUGCGAUCCAAGGGACAGUCGAGGACCGAGACAGUGGCUGCUCGCAAGAUGGCGCUUCUCGUCUUUACUAAUGUGCUCUGUUGGUUUCCAACGUUCAUUAUAGGUUGUUUGGUCUUAUCUGGAGUGGCCCUGGAUGCAGAUGUCUAUGCCUGGACAGUGGUCUUUGUCCUUCCCGUGAAUUCGGCUGUUGACCCGAUCCUAUAUACCAUAUCAACCAUCCGGAGGACGGACUGUACUGACAAGGCCAAAACGGUGGCGUCUCGUCUAUCGAUGUCAGCCUAUGAUGAUCUUUUCCCGUUCUACAGUUUUCAGUCCGAUAACAUCGUUAAAACUAAAGAAACUGGCACUUUGUACACGGUGGAACAAAUUGCAGAGCUGAAUGCAUUCAAAAAAAUUACACCAUACAUCGAAAAUACUUUCACCCUGUCAACAGACGCCAUUGAGGAGCGCUCUGUCACCUGUUAUGACAGAAAUCACAUGGGUGAGCAAGUGACUCUCCGACACGCUGUCCAGCACAGUUCACAUUUGGUAGGGGAGAGUAUGGAAAAUGACGCUCUAGCGGCCUUUUCAAAAGCACUCGGCAAAACAUUAGUGAACUUGCACAAAAAUUGCUUGACCUUGGACUGGCAGAAUUUCAAGGUCCUUUUUACAGAUAUUGGAGAAGAGUGCAUAACCGUGCGGCUAAAUGGAAACUGUUACCCGAUAGCUGACGAGAAAGCCAUAAGAAAAGACAGGCUGCAGUAUCAACAGUUUGUGAAGAAACUGUAUCGCGAGAGAACACACGUUGAUUCCGACAAGGGAGAAGACAUCAGCCGUGUAUAAAGAACGAUAACAUUAUUGUCAGUAAGAUUACGAGGAGAGGAAACCAAUCCUUUGAAACAACGUUUCCUCCCCAAGGGUAAACCACUAUUGUGUAGAGGACAAAUGUUUGCAAAGAUACAGGGUAGACUCCUAUUUAGAGGACAACCGUUUGCAAUGAUACGAGAGGGGCUGAUAUUAUUCGUGUCUAGGACAAACGUUUGGAGAGAUACGGUAGACGACACCAUGCCUGUGUGGAGGACACACGUUUGGAGAGAUACGGUAGACGACACCAUGCCUGUGUGGAGGACAUACGUUUGGAAUGAUACGGUAGACGACACCAUGCCUGUGUGGAGGACACGUUUGGAGAGAUACGGUAGACGACACCAUGCCUGUGUGGAGGACACACGUUUGGAGAGAUACGGUAGCAAACGACGCAAGGCCUCGGUAUAGGACAAGCGUUUGUAAUGCGAUGGUAGGAGGCGACACCAGGCAUGUGUAAUGGACAGACGUUUGGAAUGAUAGUGUAGCAGCUGACCGCAGUCCGAUGUAAAAGACAUAUGCUUGGAACGAUACGAAAGGAGAUGACAUUAACCUUGUGUAAAGGACAAACAUUUGGAAUGAUACAAUAAAAGCUGACCUCGGUCCUGUGUGAAGGGCAAACGUUUGGAAUAAUACGGUAGGCGACGACACCAGUCCUGUGUAGAUGACAAACAUUAGUAACGAUACGGCCCUGUGCAAGAAAAAGGACGGGGAUUGUCGAUGGUAAGAGUGUAGCCAACCAUAAGUCAGGAAGAACACCUGCCAGGGUAUAGGGCAAACCUUUGUGCGCACAGUUGACAAAUGCAUUAAUUUUGUGCAGUGGUUGUUAGCAAUUUGGGGCUGAUGAUACCAGUCACAUGUGGAGGACUAAGGCUAAAAUGGCGCUUCGGUGUCCUAAAGGUUAGGGCGUCCGACUUGCAACAGAAUUGACGAUUUCAUUCUAAUGGUUAUUUAUAUAUUGAAUUCGUGCUUUGUCAUACUUAUACGACUCUCAUACGACGACGGCCAUCAUUUUACUGGGAGCAAAGCGGGCUAUGGAAUCCCACGACAGGGUGCUGCAGACAUCCGCAGUGCGACCAGAAAUGAAGCCAGCAGGAGCUGGACUGCGACUGGAUUUGUGAAAGGCUCACGAGUCAGUGUGCUGCGCCAGCACGCUAAGUUACUGUAGUGACUGGGCUUUAACGUUUAUGUCUCGGGUCUUAAAUAUUAAGCUAUCUUAGUUUUGACCUUCGGUGAUUUACUUGAACAUGAAGCAAACAGUUGAUGAAAAUGUACCUACUUUUGUCAUUCCAUGUUAAAUAUCCCCAACAGAUAGACUGCAAUUUAAUGGAGGGAAUGUCUUUGUUAUUCUACUAUGCGUCAAAGAUUCAUGUAAAUCAUGUGCUGGUAUAUGGGGUUUCCGUAUGGAGCUUGGAGUAACCGCGGAAGUUACCACAGUGUAAAAUUCACCAUUUAGUCAUUUAGAUGAUUUGCCUUUUGAUUCCAUUGUAGGACACUUUACCCAUCCAGCGUCCACAUCACUCCACAUUUGCUCACAAUGACUGUUAUGUCGUUUGAUGUAACAAGUAAAUAUGAAACAUUUUAACCAUUCAUUUGAAUGAUGAUAAAGCGUAUUUGGACGCCUAAGACAUUCAAAUGUUUCACCAUUUGUUUACAGUUUUUGUUUGAAUGGACGAUAGUAAAACUCAUUCCGAUGUUCAAAUGGUAUUACUCAGAAACUGCUAAAGGCUAUAAGCUGAACUAUUGUUUACCCAAUACAUAUUGUUCUAAUGCUUGUUCUUGUGUGGUUCUUCUGUCGUGUGUCACAUCUUCAUAUGUCACUUCACUUAUCCAUCAGUAUCCUUGUUGCACUGACUGCUGUCAUCCUUUGCAAGUACAAAGGUCCUUUAUUUUAAAAUGCUGUAAAACGUAUUCUUGCUAGAUCGUACACAUCUGAAUAAAAAUAGAAUUGGAAUGAAAGUUAAUUAUC